AUGCUUCCCAAAUUGUUGAUGAUGAUGAUAGCUAAUAACAAAAAUGUGUCCUCUCUCCACGAAGCCAGAGCAUUCCAUGGUCUGAUGGUGGCCGCCGGCUUUCUCAACGCACCAUUCUCCACUAGACUCCACUGCAACGCCGUUCUGCGAGCCUACGUCCACUCGGCCGACUUCUCUCAAGCUAUUCACUUGUUCAACCACCUGGUCUUCAACCUCCGGUUUAUACCCGACAACUACACGUUCCCCCUUGUCUUAAAGGCUUGUUCCGGCCUAUCCUCCCUCGAACACGGUAGAAAUGUGGCCGGUUUCAUCACCCGCCACCCACAUUUGAAGCCCAACGUCUACACCAAAUGCGCCCUGAUCGACAUGUUUGCCAAAUGUGGAAGCUUGGAUGAAGCCCACAAGGUGUUCGACGAAAUGCCUCUGAAAGAGCGCGACCUGGCUUCUUGGACAUCCAUCAUUUGUGGAUGGAUACAGGCCGGGCAGGAGCUCAAGGCUCUGUGUUUGUUUGAAGAGAUGAGGCAGACAGGAACCCGACCCGAUUCAGCACUUGUGGCCGCCAUGCUCCCUGCCUGUGGCCGACUGGAAUCGAGGCAGGCCGGAAAUGGAAUGGCCCUGCAAGGCUGCGCUUUGAAGACUGGCGUACAUGACGAUUUGUUUGUUUCCAAUGCGGCCAUGGAUAUGUACUGUAAAUUCGGAGAUCCUCAUCGGGCGUACGUCAUAUUCCGCGGAAUGCCUUGUAAAGAUCACGUGUCUUGGAGGACCCUUAUAGCCGGUUAUUCACACAACUGUCUAUACGAGCGGAGCCUCGACUUGUAUCUAGAGAGGACGAAAAAAUCAAAACUGACACCUGAUGAUGUUCAUGUUGUGGCGAGUGUUUUUCCCGCAAUCGGCAAACUCAACUUAUCAGAACAAGGGAAAGCGAUGCACGGUUUCAUCAUCAAGCAUGGGUUUGACGAUGAUGUUGUGCUCCGGAUUGCGCUAAUGGACAUGUACUCGAGUUGUGGGUUGACUCGAGAAAUGGAUACUCUCUUAAGCGUCUGGCCGGAUAUAAUGGUUUGGAACUCGGCCAUUGCUGGACAUGCUGCUGGUGAAAAAUUCGAUUUGGCACUAAUUGUCUUCCGGAGGAUGUGGACUACCUCGUCUCAACUACUCAUCAGACCUAAUUCCGUGACCUUGGUGAGUAUCCUUCCGAUUUGCACCAAAAUGGGAGUGCUCAAACAGGGCAUGGAACUUCACUGCUAUGCAGUAAAAAAUACUGUAAUAAUGGCUGUUUCGGUAAGCAACUCGCUUAUUGAUAUGUAUUGUAAAUGCGGAUACCUAGGGCUCGGGCGUAGGGUCUUUGACCACAUGUCGGAAAAGGAUAUUGUUUCUUAUAACACACUCAUUUCGGCCUAUGGGUUCUGCGGAUACGGGAAGCAAGCGUUGAUCCUGUUUGAUGAGAUGAUAUGUUUAGGUAUUAAGCCAACGAAAGCUACUUUCGUCGGGCUCCUGUCCGCAUGCAGUCAUUCGGGCCUAGUGGACGAGGGUUGGUCUGUGUACAGAUCAAUGAUCGACAGUUAUGGGAUAUGCCCUAACAUGGAACAUUACUCGUGCAUGGUGGACUUGUUCGGUAGAGCAGGCCGAAUUCGUGAUGCGUGCAACUUCAUCAGAAGAAUGCCCGAGAAGCCAGAGGGCAGUGUUCUCGGGUGUCUGGUUGCAGCAUGUCAAUUCCACGGAAUAACCGAGCCUGUUGAUCUUCUUGAAGAGAUUCUCCAGGACAAUGUGCAAGAUUCUGGCUAUCACAUCCUACUUUCCAAUAUGUAUGCAUCAACCAAGAAAUGGAAAGAUGCAUCGAGGGUCAGAGCUCUUAUAAAAGAGAAGGGGUUGAGGAAAAAACCCGGGAGUAGUUUGAUACAGAUGGGUUGCUACACUCAUAUAUUUGAUGCUAGGGAUACAGCACAUGCAGAGUUGAGCAAGAUACAACAAGUCCUUGAAAUAUUGUCCUCAGAGAUGAAGGAAGAAUGGUGUUGUGGGGUGGAUCCAUCCUUUUCUAUUCCUUCUAUUGACUACUUCUCAAGAUAA